GCCGGCGGCCAUAUUUGUACACCCUGCUCUUGCAAGAGACCACAUCCUUGUUAUGCUGCAUAUGGGUAGAGUCGUGUACUACACAUUGUGAUUUUGUUCAAAGAACCUGCGUGUAAAUCUGCGUGAGAUGGCUUAUCUGCUAAUGAAGAAGCUAUUUGAAAACUACCCUGGAUCACGAAUCAAUUUUAAUUUAAGUAUGGAUUCUCAGCUCGACCGUAUCAAUAUCCAAACUAAGUUGAUGGGAAAAGUAUUCAUGUAUUUUCCAGACGUGUUGCUGCUCAUCCGUUCACAUAAUGCCAUGGGCAAAGUUUUGUAUACUUUUAUUGCUGACGGACCACGUUUGAACUGUGAAAGUGCGUUUUUAAGAAUUGUACAUAUGGCAUACCCUGCAAAUGAGUCUCCUGCGAGUAUGUCUGAGAUGUUCCAUUUCCUUAAAGAGUUCAAUCCUUGCUGGCCCCAGAUCCGCAUUUUCCUUGUGGACCCUUUUUUUAAAGGAGUUGAUUGUCUUGCAAAAGCUUUCCCAUCAGCUGAAGUUGUCCUUUCAUCCUUCCACGUAUGUACAUACUUUAAACAAAAUAUAUUUAAGUUGUCUUUGCCUACCAACAUAGAGGAUGUGUUGAUUAACAAUUUAAAGAAUAUAGUGUGUUCAGCCACAACUGAAAAUCUACAGGAUAUGUACACAAACUUGCUUCAGUAUGUUAAGCCAGAUUUGCUGUUUCAGUUGAACCCAGACUGGUUACGGAUGGAUCAAAUCUGGGCCUUACACCGGUGGAGGAACGGCAAAGAAUCCUUAACAUAUAUUGAAAUGAUGAAUACACUUGUGGAAGAAAUUGGCCAAACAUUCAGUAAUAAUCUCCCAUGGGAGGAUAAAAUAUUUGCUUUGAUAAGUUUCAUUCAGACUGAAAUAAUAGAUAAAAAUAUUCCUAGUUUGGGCAUACAGACUCCCCAAGAAAUGGCCGUCUUUUUGGAUAAAGAGGAGCCUUCAACAUCUGAAGAGUCUAAAACUAAUGUUUGUCAUACAAAAUCUGACAUGGAUUCCGAGACCUCCUUAUUGAUAUGUCAGUCACUGAAUGACAUCUGCGUUCCUGCGGCUGCUGACCUCUGUUCGAAAGAGUUUUUUGUUGCACAGACUUCGUUGCAGUUCAUGACCAAAAAUGAGGACAGUGCAAGCAUUCGAUUACUUGAGAACACACAGAUGGUGAACUGGGAAAACCAGAAGAGUUGCACUUGCCCCUUCUACAAGACAAUGAAACUCCCCUGUCGCCACAUCCUGGCUUUACUUAAAGCUAACCAGGAAAUCCUAAAACCGGAAAUGCUUGACCCCGCAUGGCAAAAGUCUACUAAUGCUCCCGAAUCUACGCUUCCUGUACCCACGGACACCCUGCAAAUCAUUAAGGGUGACACUAAGGACUUAUCUCCAGAUCAAGUAUGUAGGAAUUCAUUGACUGACCAAAUUGCCAAGGUGCUAUCAGAGUGCAGUGAUGAAGAAUUCCAGCAGAGAUACAAUACACUGAGGGAACUGGCAGAUGCAUGGAUUGGCCCGUAUGAGCAAGUGAAGCUUUAGAACACAAGUCUUCUGAUUAUCUCUGCAAAAGAUUUCAGGUUGAAGCGAUUGCUUGACCAAAUUAUGAGGUCUUUCACGACAUGCAUGCAACACAAGAAAGAGAAAGGAUGGUCGAGGCUGUCCAUUUGUGUUCUCCAAUAAAUCUGCCUUCUUUACACACCUUGAGUGCCUGGACCAUCCUGUUC